AUGAAGUACUUUAACCUCCUGCCCUUCCUGUUUGCCACUGAGGAAAUCAAUAAAGACCCCAGUCUCCUACCCAACAUCACUCUGGGGUACAACAUCUAUGAGAACUAUUUCAAUGAAAGAAUGACUUAUGAUGCAGAGAUAGACCUGCUGUCUGGUGGACAGAAUAAUAUUCCAAACUACAGCUGUGGAGGAAGGAAUAAUCUCUUGGCUGUUUUUGAGGGGGCCGACUCUGAAACCUCCAGCCAGAUUACGGACAUGUUAAGCAUCUACAAAUUGCCACAGACCCUGCCUCUUUCUCGGUGUACUGAAAGCUGUCCACCUGGAUAUGUCAAGGUGAUUAAGGAAGGAGAACCUAUUUGCUGCUAUGCCUGUUCUCCCUGUGUGGAAGGGACAGUCUCCACUCAGGAAGGAAUCUUCAUUAAAUACUUAGAAACUCCAGUUGUCAAAGCCAACAAUCGGGACCUCUCCUACGUCCUUCUCGUCUCCCUCCUGCUUUCCUUUUUGUCCUCCUUUCUCUUCAUUGGUCAGCCCAACAAGGUGACCUGCCUUCUCCGACAAUCUGUCUUCAGCAUCAUCUUCUCCAUUGCUGUCUCUUCGCUGUUGGCAAAAACUGUCACUGUGGUGGUGGCCUUCAUGGCCUCAAGGCCAGGGAGCAGGAUGAGGAGAUGGCUGGGGAAGAGCUUGGCCAACUCCAUAGUCCUUUUCUGUUCCAGUAUCCAAGUGAGCAUCUGCAUUCUCUGGCUGGGCAUCUCUCCCCCCUUCCCAGACACAGACAUGCACUCCCAGCCUGGACAGAUUGUACUGCAAUGCAACGAAGGGUCUGUUGCUCUGUUCUAUGCUGCAUUGGGCUACAUGGGCUUCCUGGCUGCCAUAUGCUUCACUGUGGCUUUCCUAGCCAGGAAGCUGCCUGGGGCAUUCAACGAAGCCAAGCUGAUCACCUUCAGCAUGCUGGAAUAA